GGGGUUGAGAACUCAUUCCUUCUUCUUUCAUUUCCACCACAACUCUGUGUUCACUUCCAUGGCUUCUUUUAUAUCCCAAUCUUUGUUUCCCUUCCACUCUUUGCUCUUCCAUGGCUAUCAACAACACAACCACUUCAUGUCUUGUUUCAGCCAUGGAUCGCCUUUGGCACCACCACAUCAUUCUUUCCUCUUCACAUCCUUUCCCUUCCCAUCUCCACCCAACUUUUCCUUUCUCAAACUUCCCUUCUUCCCUUUCCUCCGACCGCAUCUCCCUCGACGACGACACCUCCCUCCUCUCCCAGGAAGAUGAUAGUAUCAAUGGAGACAGAUACAAACAAGAUGGAAAGAGAGAGUCAAUGGAAGAAAGUGUCAGUGAUCCUGAAUUUACAAUGAGGAAAAAAUUGAACAAAUCUAUGAGUUGUAAAAGCUUGGGGGAGUUGGAGCUGGAGGAAGUUAAAGGGUUUAUGGAUUUAGGGUUUGAAUUCACGAGAGAAGAUUUGAGCCCUCAAAUGGUGAAGUUGGUACCUGGUUUGCAAAGGUUUAAAACUCUAAUGGACAGACAAAAUCUCGAAGACGACGACGACGACAACGACGAUAAGAAAAGAGAUAUAGCAAGACCAUAUCUUUCAGAGGCAUGGACAAUAAACCGACCAAAUUCCCCUCUUUUAAACCUAAUGAUGCCAAGAGUUUCUUCAACCACUGACAUGAAGAAACACCUAAGAUCUUGGGCUAGAACUGUUGCAAUUGAAAUUCAAUAAGAAAAUUUUUACACUUAUUUUAAUUUUUUUUU